GCUUUCCGAAAUUUAAUCCGCCGGGGCAUUCAUUUUUGGGAAGAAGCCACAUGCUUAAGAUUUAGAGAAAAUGUACAAGCAAGAGACGCAAUCAGGUACGUGUUAGAACGAGGAGACAGCUGUUUUACAGAGUUCAUAGGACGAAACGGUGGAUUUCAAGAUAUUAUUAUUGGCAGCGAAUGUGCUGAGGAAUAUGUUGUGGCACACGAAACAGGACAUGCUCUUGGAUUCUGGCAUACGCAUCAAAGACCAGAUCGGGAU